AUGGGGUGCGGACUUAGAAAGCUAGAAGACCCUGAGGAUAGCAGCCCUGGAAAAAUAUUCUCUACCCUGAAGAGACCUCAAGUGGAAACAAAGACAGAAUUUGCUUACGAAUAUGUUUUGCUGGAUUUUACUUUACAAGCUUCAUCAAACCCAGGAGUUAUCAAGAUAAAUUCAAUUCUGGAUAUCGUAACAAAAGUGGAAGACUAUUAUCUUAAAGGAUAUAUUGUUGGGACUAUUCAUCCUAUUAUACAACCUAUGGGGCAACAAAAACACCUACCAGCAAGUUCCCUAUACAGGGCAGUGCUAUGGCGCUUGAAAGUAAGCCCGAAAUAUUCGACAGCACUCAGUGGACAAAGACGAGCAAAGCUUGUGGUUGAAGAAUUUCCCCUAACUUAUGAUAUGCAAGCAAAUGACAUAGCAAAAGAACUAAUAGAAAAGAUUAAUGUAGCUGCUAAAAGAGGAAUGAAGUUUGUUGGAUUCCUAUCACAGCAUUGUUCACCAUCUAAAUUCUGCAACGGAACCAACCUUGAUGGAGACAUAGAAUCAGAACCAACACAGCCUGUAAGGCAUGGUUCGCAUGAAAACUGCAAAAGUUGGAACGAAGAAACAUUAAGUGGACAGUUCUCUGAAAGUAGAAUUGAGGAAGAGCUUCUUCAAGAAAGCAGACAAUCUCAAGUGGAACAAGACAGCUAUCCAGGUUUCUCAAAAUCAACAAAGGAAGAAGCUUCAGAUAACAAGUUGUAUGCAGUCUUCAAUGUUUUUGAUGAUGAAUCAACCUGCUGGACCUAUCAAGAAGGCCUUCUGUCAAUGAAAAUAACAAGAAAAGGAGCUGUCAUUUGUACACUUGAUGCUGAUUGGCUAGAGUUAACUACAUUUUACUAUAAGCAAAGCUUGUCUUUAAUUGAUUCUUUUGUUUGCUGGGAAGCAUCUAAAGGGGACCAUUUGCCCAAAUCUCUGGAAGGAUUCUUUAUCUACGAAGAUGAAGGCUCUGGAGUCCCAGGUUCUGGUAGGAAAGGAAAUGAUGCCAUCGUUGUAGAACAAUGGACCAUUAUUGAGGGUUGUGAAAUCAAAACGGAUUAUGGCCCUCUGCUGCACACGCUGGCAGAGUUUGGAUGGCUGCUGACAAGUGUGCUCCCAACCCCUGUAUUGAGGUAUGACAGCGAAGGGAAUUUGGCCACAAAGCAGGUGGUAUUUCUUCAGAGGCCAAUAAUGUGCAAUUCAGCUACUCAAACACCAGAGAGGAAAGGCAGCCGCCAUAUAAAAAGUGAAGACAAGAACAAAUUAGCCAAUAGGAGCGUUGGAUUAGACACAGCCAUGUCACAACCUACAGAGGGCAGACCCCCGCCGGAGGAGUGCCCCCUCUCUACUUCUAGAGAAUAUUGGAUGAAGGAGGGGAAGUCUAGGCAGUACAGCAGCUUUUCCGGGUUCAGCAACAAUGACAGUGUCGUGCGGGAGUUAGAUGAUGGACAGUUUGAUCAGGAAGAUGGAGUAACCCAGGUCACAUGCAUGUGA